AGUUUAGUUUGGAGAGUAAGGAUCAGAAGUUGCAGACAUGAAGGUUAUUGCAAUUAUUUUCCUGGUGCAUUACCUUAUUUUCACAGAUGCUGAAGAAGGAGCCAGCAAAUACUGCAAGACAGCGGACGAAAAGUGGGAUGAGCUCAAGGAAAUGAUUGAGAGUUUAAACUGUCCUUGCCCAGAGCCGCCUCCAGAACCACCCAUGUCUUGCAAAUACGGCUUUGAAGACGGGGAAAAAGCGAACAAGGAUUACAUGCUCCAGGUGGACGAAUUCACGAAACUGCCUGUUUAUUGUAACAUGGAUGGCACUGGUCUCGGCGACUGUGGAGGUGGAGGAUGGACGCUGGUCAUGAAGAUUGAUGGCGCAAAGUCCACAUUCAAAUAUGACUCAUCUUUCUGGAGCGACAAGAAAGAAUACGAACCCUCAAACGGGAGAAAUUUGGAGGCCGGAGAGACCAAGUUGCCAACCUAUUGGAGCACCUCCUUUACAAAGAUCUGCCUGGGUAUGAAGGUUGGUGCGGAAAGUAAGUUCAUCGUUUUGAACCAGGAGGCAAGCUCGCUGCACUCCCUGAUAGCUGAUGGCCAAUAUCGCCAAACCUCACUGGGCCGAGAAGCAUGGAAGAAUCUCAUCAGUGAAGCCUCCCUACAGCAAAAAUGCAACAAAGAAGGCUUCAACGUCGUGAGCGAUGUGCCAAAUUUUUCGAAAGCACGAAUUGGUAUCGUGGGCAACAAUGAAAACGCUUGCACGACCAGUGAUUCCCGAAUCGGAUUUGGUACCGCUGGAUAUCCAGACGAUACCAAUUCGUGUGGCGACGUGGCCAAGCACGGUGGAGAUAAAGGCGACAAAUUCAUCAAAGCUAUGGGAUACAUCUUCGUUCAGUAGAAACAGUGGAACUUCAAGCAUUGGGGGCUGGGCUAAGCUACUUGCUGCUAAGCAUAGUUUUAGUACAUGCAGACUAAAAAGUGUUAUUGGUGUAAAAAAGUAAUAAUUAAAAAUGGAUUAUUGGGUGAAA